UGGAACAAACAGACGGAGCCGCACGCCGCGCGGGAGCAGCACGCACACAUAAGCAGACACGCGCGCGCGCACACGUACAACGGCAACAACAGACCGCCAGAAUCACAGACGGUGUUUUACUGUAAGAGAAAAGUGUCCGAGUGGAGACGGAGAAAAGGAGAGGAUUGCGGCGGAGGAACCGAGGAGUCGGAACGGAGGCACCAUGUGAAAGAACCGAUGAAGGAGACGGACAAAAGGGCUGCGACGAGCUGUGUACAAAGGAAAAGGGCGUGAGCGGAAUGUCCGUGGAUGAGAAGCCUGAAGCCCCCAUGUACGUGUAUGAAUCGACAGUUCAUUGUACCAAUAUCCUCCUCUGCCUCAAUGACCAGCGGAAGCAGGAUAUCCUGUGCGAUGUGACUGUCCUGGUGGAAGGCAAGGAGUUCCGCGGGCACAGGGCCGUGCUGGCCGCCUGCAGCGAGUAUUUCCUCCAGGCACUGGUUGGCCAGACAGAGAAUGGCUUGGUUGUUAGCCUUCCUGAAGAGGUCACUGCCAGGGGAUUCGCACCAUUGUUGCAGUUUGCCUACACUGCUAAGCUGUUACUCAGCAGAGAAAACAUCCAGGAGGUCAUCCGCUGUGCUGAAUUCCUGCGCAUGCACAACCUCGAGGACUCAUGUUUUCGCUUCCUGGAGGCUCAGCUGCGCAGCGAGGAGGAUGGACUUCUGCUCUGUCACAAGGUGGCACCUGAGGCAAACAACUCUGAGGAUGAGAGCAUGCAGUCGGAGGCAGAAAGGCCAACAUCCCCCAGGGGGCUGCGGUGCACUGACACCCUUGCCUCCUUUCGACGCCCUGGCAGUGAUCAGCUAGCAGUGGCUAUGCCUGGUAACAUCACAGAUGGCCAGCUGGACUUUGAUCGGCAUGGAGCAUCAGACGUGCCACGAUGCCCCAAGUACAGAAAAUACCAGUGGGCUUGCAACAAGCACAAUAAUGACACCUCCUCACACACCAGUACCUCAGGUUUUCCAAGCACAUUAAAGGAGAGCGGCGUUAGCGGGGCAGUGCCGGGUCAGGGCAGGCUGCCUUUGGCACAGAUCAAAGUUGAACCACAGGCAGAGGAAGAGUCAGUCUCAUUGUGCCUGUCAGGGGAUGAGCAGGAUGUCAGGGAUAAGGACAGUGUGACAGCCAUGGAGAUGGACAAACCCAUAUCCAUGGAACGAACCAAGAGAACCAAGUCCCCUUCCUGCCUCAGAGCCUUUUUCAAGAAAGGGGUGGACCUUCCCAGUCUCCCCAACACAUCACAGCAGCUAUUUGCCAACAGACUUGUCUGCCCCCAGGACAAAGGAAACUCUCAGGGAGAUCAUAAAAAAGACUUCAGACCUUUUACUGGGGAGCUGGGCCUGUCUGUAACAUCCCCAAAGGACGUGGACAGUUUCCCUGCAGGGUUGUCCCUCAAGUCCACCUCCUGCGAUGGGGUCUGCAAACAGGAAGUUGAGCUAGAUCGUCGUAGUGUCAUAUUUUCCUCAGGGGCCUGUAAUCGUCUGGGAACCCCAGCGCAUUCCUAUCCCGGUGGGAACUCUUUGGAGAUGGAGCUCUCUGAGCACAUGCCAAAGGGCUUGUGGGCUGGAGCCAGCCAGUCCCUACCCACCUCCCAGACCUAUUCUCCCAGCACCACCUCCUCUGAGCCCCCAGUUCUCUGCCGCCCACGGCCCAACACCAGCUGCCCAGUGCCAAUCAAAGUGUGCCCGCGCUCGCCACCAUGCGAAACCCGCACCAGGACUUCCAGCUCCUGCUCCUCAUACUCAUAUGCAGAGGACGGCAGCGGCGGCUCCCCCUGCAGCCUCCCCCAGUUUGAAUUCUCCUCUUCGCCAUGCUCCAACGUGGUGCGAUGCCUCAAUGUGGACCAGCAGGAGCAAAGCGUGGGUGGAGAUGCACUUUUCAACCAGGUGCGACCGAAAAUCAAAUGUGAGCAGUCGUACGGCACCAACUCCAGUGAUGAGUCGGGCUCCUUCUCAGAGGGAGACAGUGAAUCAUGCCACGUCCAGGAGCGAGGGUCAGAGGUGAAGCUUCCUUUCCCUGUAGAUCAAAUCACAAAUCUUCCACGGAAUGACUUCCAAAUGUUGGUUAAAAUGCACAAACUGACCUCGGAGCAACUCGAGUUCAUCCAUGAUGUGAGACGGCGAAGUAAGAACCGCAUUGCCGCUCAGCGCUGUCGUAAGAGGAAGCUGGACUGUAUUCUAAACCUGGAGUGUGAGAUCAGAAAACUGGUGUGUGAAAAGGAGAAGUUGCUGACGGAGAGGAACCAGCUGAAGGCAUGCAUGGGCGAGCUGUGGGAGAACUUCUCCUGUUUGUCCCAGGAGGUUUGUCGGGACGUCCAGCUGAGUCCAGAGCAGGUCCAGUCUUUACACCACUACUGCCCCGUCCUGCGACCUGCCAACGCCACUGCCAGCAAUGACCCCAAACCCUCCCCCGGCCCCAAUGUGGCCCCCACCGCAGCAGCCACCAACACCACCACCAGCAUUGACCUCACCGGCCACUCGGGCUCGGUCACGCCAGAGACCGGCAUCCAGGGCUCGCCUGGGCCCUCAGAGAGGGCGCUCGACUCGUUGGCCCUCAGAAACGGGGCUGACAAAGAUAUGGACGGCCACGACGGCAGCUUGUAUGCAGAGUCCGGGCUUUCUGUAGAAAAACCCAACCAGACGGUAACAGUGGAUUUCUGCCAGGAAAUGACUGACAAAUGUACAACUGACGAGCAGCCAAGGAAGGACUGUACUCAGUAGUGGUGGUUGUCUGCGUUGUUGGAUGUUUUUUAUUAUUUAAUUUUACUCUUCUGACAAACCCUUUCUUGGGGUUGUUGAGAUGGUCAGCCUCUGCCAGUGUUCACUGAAAAAAACAAGCUUUGUUUGUAUUUAUGUCUUUUUGUGCUGUCUUUUUUCUUUUUUUUUAAAGAACGGUUGACACUAAAGUUGUCUUAAAACAGCAGCAAUACUGUUCUCCAGGUAUUCUCCUCCUACCAAGACAGAGUGGGAACUUCUCACCAAACCCUUACAAUGGUGCUACCCCCACCCUCACCCCCCACAGGUGGGGCUCUGCUCUUCACAUCUCACUCAUCACCAGUUGAACCUCAUCGGACCUACAACAGCAGCUUUCUGUGUCUGUCUCUGUCUCCUCUUCCUGCCUUUGUCCUUUUCCCACUCUGUCUCUAUUGCUCUUUUCUACCUCUCUCUUUUAACCCUUUUCCAUUGAUUUCGUCCCAGUUCCAGUUCACCACUGGUGUCUAAUUUGAACCAGUUCUUUGUGUUUCCACAGCCAAAAGAAAACUAGUUCUAGAGAAGCAUCACCAUCACCUUGAACUGGACCGUCAAGACUUACAAGACCUACUAAAACUUUGUGACCACUAUUUUAAAAUGACAAAGAUAGGACAACAUUUUAGAGCUUUGUAGUGACUCUGUAGUCAACUGGUGAGCAGACACCAGUGAAUGAGCUGUGAAUAGAUGUAUUUAACUGUCCAUCACUGAUCCCCUUUACUGGCCUGGGAACAAGGCAGGUAUCACAGGAUAGAAUACAGAAGAAUCAAAGGUACCAAAGUUCCCUUUGUUCUAAAUUACUAUUGCUACUUUUUUUUUCAAAUAAUAAAUGUAAUUGUGCAAUAAUAUCAUGAACAGGCAAAUUAAUGUGUGAUGUGGUGAUAUAAUCCAUUUCAAAAAGAUCAGCAUGUCACCAUUAGCAUUGACCGUAUGUUUGGCCAGGCCUGCUAACUGUUAGCUGCAAAUGGGAACAGCAGGCCUGCCUGAAAAUCUGAAAAUGUCACAAUAAAUGUUCAUGUAGACUGGAUUUUAAGAUGUUGAUCACAGACAACAAUCUAUGACGGAAUAACCAUAACUCUUAGAAAAUUCAAUCUGCAUUGUGACAUUAUCUAACCUUAGCAUUCUUUUUACCACUGGCUAACCUAAAAACAUGUCCAAACCCACACCAUGACAGAUUGACAUGGUUUUGUGACUGACGUUAGCGUCAGCCCAGAACUAGCACUAGGACUUUGUCAGUGGAGGAGUGUCUGUUGCUGUCUUUCUGUCUCUGUCUUUCUCUACAUGUUUUUUUUAACUUGCUAAAUCUCAGUGACCCUUCUUGUCACAGCAAUUCAAACUCAGGAAAGAAAAAAAAAUCUCUGAAUGUUCAACCUAAUUCAUGAAAAAAUGAGAAUACAGCUUCUGUACAUGAGGAAGUUACAAUGCAGUUAGACUGUAAAAUGUUCAUAUGCAAAAAUGUCUUCAAGCGUGUCGCAUUUGUAUUUCUGUACAGGAGAACUUUGUACAGACUGUAACCUAAAACAUUCCUCCUUUGCCUUCCUUAGCACUGAAUUGAAAGAGAAAAAAAUGAUUCUUUGCAGGCGGUUCGAUGGCUAUUUUUUCCCCACUCAUUAGCAAUACCAUUGUAUUUGGAUGUUGUAACGGUGACUUUCAAGUGCUUGUUUGGCAGAACGUAAACUGUAUAUAGUAUGGAGCAUGAUGACUGUAACAGUGAUUUUGUACAGGUAGAGGCUUAGAUGUUUCUUUUUCACCGGGGUUAUAUCAAGCACCUUUUUGCUAAGGGAAAAUCGUUUGCGUUGCUGUUUCCUGUCCUGCCUAACGAAUAAUCCCCAUCAUGGUGGGUGUUCUCAUACUCAGGAAAUCAGCUCAACAUACACAUUGACACACACAUACAGUACAUACAGACACAAAAGUCAACACACACCUUUCACAUAUUGAGCCCCAUGGAUGUGGAAAAGUUGGACAUUCAACACACAGCUCAGACCAGCUCCUUUCCACCUCUGCCUCCUCUUUAAAUGUGAAAAACUUGUGUUUUUUGGAGGAAAUCUUAUUUCUUAUCAGUAUUUAAAGAUGCUAUUGUGUAUUGGGUUUUAUGUUUAAUAUUCAGAGAGAUCAAAAACUGCAGCUAACAUCUCUGAAUGAGAGACAGAGACUUCUACAAACAGAUUAUGAUUUUUUUUUUCUUAAAGAAAAAAAAACAUUGACAACAAUAUUUAAGUGAUAAAUUUGACAGGCACUUUGCUUCCAGCCCCAGGCGCUCCGAGCCAUUUAGCACUUCAAGCAAAGGGUCUUUAUUUCAGAAUCCCUAAAACUCUGAGUCUGGAGCACUUAAAUUGGCACUUCCAUAGAAGACAUCUUGCUGAAAAAGAAUAUUUAACUAUCCAGUCAAAAAUAUCUUUAUGAAGAACACAUAUCCAAAACCUGUACAGGUCUUUUAACACAAAGGAAGCUAAUUUUAAUUUUAGUAUAAGAGUGUUCACAACUUAUAUUUGUAUUUCUUUAGAAAUUGAAUAAGCUAAUUCAGACUUCAUUGAUGUGAAAUCAGUGUAUGUGUUGUCAAAAUGAUUGAAUAACAAUCAUAUAAGAUAGUAACAUGUUUGCCCUAAUUGUGCAUUUGUUGGAACAUCCUCUGUUGUGAUAUGCAUGCAUGCUGCCUAUAGCUAAAGCCUAGUUAGUUUGUCUAGCUUCUUUUUGCCUUGUAAGUUCUCUGGAACAGUCUGCUUUUAUAAUAUAUUUUUUAAAGAUUCUAUGUACAAAUGAGCUGAAUUAUGGCAGCCUUACAAAGGCUGAAACUAAUUGGACAGUGAAGCUUUAUUCACUCUAUAAAACCCCAAUCCAACACAGUGUUCUGUUGGUUGCACAGCUCGCUCCAGAGUUGCUUUUGUUGUGAACGGUUAGUAUAAGGCGUUUGAAAAAACAAUGUUCCAAAUGUUUAAAUGCAAAGAUUCAACUAAAACUCCCUGUUGAACUAAAGACUUUUAAAUUUGACAACAUUAAAUUCAACAAUGAUUAACAUCAUUGGUACUGCAAACCCAAGAACAGUAGCUUCUGGAAAUUAAAAUAAUGUUAUCAUUGCUUUUACUUGAUAGGGAGUAAAAAUUUUAAUUAAUGAUUUUCUUGUUUUUGUAAAGAAUUUCUGGGGUGUUACCUAUACCUAAAGGUAAUUUCUAGCUGUUGUCUCUUAGGAUUUACAUUUCUAAAAUAACUCCAACCAGAAACCUGUGGUUAGAUGCUAGUUAAUGUUAGCUGCAGUUGGCUUGCAAACUAAUGUUAGCUGUGGUUAGUAUGUUAGCUCAUUUUAACUGUGGUUAGCAUGUUAGCUAAGUUUAGCUGUGGUUAACAUACUAGCUAAUGUUAGUUUAUUUGACUGUUUUUGAGGAAAGACUACCCACUUUAUAAAAACAUGUUUAUUAGAUAAGAAAAUCUUGUACUUCAUAACUAGUAAAAUUAAUGAGAACUAUGAUUCUGUUUGAUAUCCAGAAAAUUCAUCGGAAGUAGCUGCAUUUCUGUAUCUGCAGAGAAACAGUCGUGUUCCCAGCAUAUUUUAAUGGGUGUUUGCACCUAUCAUGAAGCUUCAACAGUGCAUUUUCAUGAUGCAGGUACUCCAGUAUCGUACAAGUCCUUGUGACAGUUGUAAUUGUUUGUACACCAACAUCUAAUUCAAUGUUUUAAUCAUUGUUUAAGAUUUGUUCAGUUGAUAAGAAGAGGCCCAUGAGGACAAUUAGCUUGAAGGAUUGGGGCUUUAAGACUAGAAUAAAAUGCCAGAACUGUAAAAUAAAAUCCAUUUGAUGUUCUCCCCCCAACUUUAAAGGAUGUAAAUUUUAGGUGUAGUUUAAGAUAUGUUCUCUGGUGUGAGACUUGUUUAUGUUAUACAGCCGAACAGAGUAACUUUAAGUGUAUUUUAUAAACCUGUCUUUACAUUUUACAACGACAGAUCCCUAUUUUGUAGAUUAGUCCCACACACAUACAAAUAUGCACACAGAGAACCAUACAAUAAGUACACAUGGACACACACACAUACACACACACACAGUCCUUCUGUUGUGGCAGAGCAGCUGUGAUUCUUUAUCAGCUGAUGUUAAUUCUAAUGUUAUUUACACUUUUUUGCUGUUUGUGCUCUUCUCAUUCUUCUCAUUCAACAGUAUUUAUCAAUGUGUAAAUUCUACCAGGUUCAGGCCAGAUCACUAGAGCACAACCAUCUACAGUACCUUACAGCUCAUAUGUUUCUGCAAACAUUAUCUUAAGUUACAUCUGAGGAAACUCUGUGACUUUGUGUUUGUUCUGGUUCAAGGCAAUGAAUUCAUUGUUUAGGCAAAUAACCUACUCUACAGAAAGACCAGACUUUUUUUUUAACUGAAUUUGAACAAAUCCUGAGAAAAGAUGAUCCAAGAAACGGAGACCAAUUGUACGCUCCGACACUGACUGUUUGGGAAACAUAGACAAAAGUAUAACCUGUAAAACUAGACUGAACAUGCACUUUAGUCUGGUUUACAUCACAGCAGCACUCAAUUCCAACUGUUGAUUAAAGGUCACCCAAAUUACAAAGCUAACUGUCCAGCCAUCCUGUGAAGCCCAUUCACAAAUAUUAAGAAGAUAAAAAUCAUAUAGAUACCAGUGUGGAGCUCAUUCACAGAUACUACACGCAUGUCUAACAUUUAUAGAAUUAAAAUAUAACCCCCCUCCCCUUUUUUUGGGACCCUUUAAACCACACUGUUCCUAAAACUUCAGUUUGGACCAGGCAGGACCAUGAAUCUUCUCAAAACACAGAUCUGUUUAGAAUUAUAGGAGGCAAUAAUUCUACAGAGAGCAGUUUUUGGCAAAAUCUUUUAAUUAUUACCAAUAAAGCAUGUACACAUCAUGUCUCAUUUUCAACUAAGACAUAAAAACACAAUAGCCGUGAUGAAAGAAAUUUUAACAUCCAUUUCAUUCAAUUAAAAAAUAUUUGCAUAUCAUCCUUCUUUUCUACUGUUGGAAAUGUGAUCAAUUUGAGACUAUAAAACAAGUGUAAUUUAGGAGCUUUUUACUGAUGUAAAAUGGACCAGACUGUGUUAGGGUUAAGGUUAUUGAUGGAUCAAAUAAUGUCACAUAUUCAUAUUUUGGGCUGCAAAUUUUAAUUUUUGGCAGGACAUUAGCUCCACAUGAGUUCCAAAUCUAAUGGUGUCAGUGUUUGAUAGGUUCGGUGGAACAAAUUGUGUUGUGAUGAACACAGACAACACAGAUGCAGCUGAAGGUUUAGUCUUUGUGAUUUGGGUGAAUCCACCCUUUAAUGUCUAACAGUUGAACCUCCUGUCACUACAGAGCAGACUUUGGUUGUUAUUGUCUCUAAAAGUCAUUUUAAAGCUGCAUUGAUUGAUUUUUUUUUUUUUUUUACACUGCCCCAGAAAACAAAUGCAAAUACUUGAGUCAAAUCCUUGAAUGUAUUCACUCUGAUUCUUGUACUCUCAAGAAAAGUAAUAAAUUUCUUUAGCUACUCAACAUUCAGCAGCCAGUCACUCAUUUGGUAGAAGAAUAGAUGAAUGUGAUGAGAAUUUAACAUUGGAGCCAGAAACCAAAAACAAGUCAAAAAAAGCCAUUUUCCUCUUUACAGUCACUGAAUCCUUGUUCACAGUAAAAUGACACUGAAAUUUUGCAGCUUUAAAGUAAUGCACAGAACGUACAAAGUGAAUUGGACAUCGCGGUUCUUUGAUCAUCCAGGUUACUUUGCACAGGUUAAACAUGAAAAUACUCAUUGUCAGUAGAAUUUUGCUGUUGCUGUAACUGUGCAGGUGAAUGCUCUUACACUUGGUGUUUUUGUCUUUGUUUAGUUUGAUUCCUUUUGUUGCUGCUUCUCUGAAACAAACACUGGCUCUUCUCCAAAGGUUGUUCUAUAAAGAUUAUGUAUGAACAAAAACAUGCCUUUCUCACAGAUUGCUCAACUUUAUCUUAAAAAAAAAAAAAAAAAAAAAAAAAAGCAGAAAA